AUGAGAGUUUCUCGAAGCGUGCUCUUAAUAGCAACAUUGACUGGCUUGUUGUCAUGGCAACCGUUCCGCGGCAAGUGCUCACUGAACAUCGACCAUGAUACCGAUAGUAUGGUAUCACGAGUUAGCAGCGCGGGCGGCGUUCGACCGGGAUGGGAGCUUGUUCGGCGUAUCGGCGCGACGGCGCUGCGGGCCGCGGGCGCCGGGCGAGUGGCGCGCGCGCUCCACGGCGCCGCUCUCGGUUGCGCCACACUCGAAAGUAAAACUGAGAACAUUACCAAUAUAUCUGACUCUCCACGGUCUCCGUCUAACUCACAGAACCCGCCGAAACAUGAACGGGUUCCAGUCGUGUACUACGGCACCAGAACCCACAAACAGCUACAGCAGGUGAUCAAAGAGUUCAAACGCACGGUCUACUGCAAGGAGAUACGUAUGUCGAUACUGGCCGGCAGAGACCGCACCUGUCUAAUGCCAUUCGAUCGUAAAGUCUGGAAAACCAAGGACGAUAUGUGCGCUGAGUGCAUCAAAACCAAAUCAAGUCUGAUGAAUGCGUCAUUACCGCAAACGUCAAGCUGCAAAUUCUACGACAACCGAAUGUCGUUGACGCACAGCAACUUGCCCCCAGCCUUCGACAUCGAGGACUUGGUCGAAGCCGGAGCGAAACUAAACGCCUGCCCUUACUUCGCUGCCAAGAGCAUGGCCGCAAAAGCAAAAAUCAUCUUCUGUCCUUACAACUAUCUGAUCAACCCUUUCAUUAGGGAGCGGAUGAGGAUCAAUUUAGCAGACAACAUAGUCGUUAUAGACGAAGGUCACAACAUCGAAGACAUCUGCAGAGACGAGGCCACCUGCACCAUCGAGAGGAGACGGAUAUCUGAAGCUGUUGAUCAACUGCAGUACGCCAAGAGGUACGUUAAGAUGGGCCAGGACGAGGCUGCAAGAGGAGAAACAAUAGAUUUUUUCAUCAAGACAUUACAAAUAUGGGAUAAGUGUUUAAUAGAACAAUCCGAUCGCGUAUCGCGCGAGAACACCGACAUGUGGAACAUGAACGAGUUCAUGACUAUGCUAAAUGAAAAUGGCAUAGGACAAAACAAUUAUCAUAAUUUCAAUUUUCAUUUAUCGAAACUAUUACGUAUGCAAGAUGAUUUGUACGGUGUAGGACAACACACGGUCGCCUUGCUGGAAACAAUGGACUCGGCUCUCGGGUACCUUUUCAAGGACGAAUGUAAACACGCCGAAGACUUCGUGCCGAUGUUGCUGAAGGGCGACGACUCGCGCGCGCUCUAUCGGCGACGGUCGUAUACCGGCGAGUUCAAAGGUGCGAACAUAUCGAUACGUCUUCUGUGCAUGAGUCCGGCGGUGCUGUUCGAGGGUCUGACGAAGGCUCGAUCUAUAAUACUGGCCUCCGGUACACUGUCGCCCGUGGGCAGCAUGAAGCACGAGCUCGGCGCCGAGUUCAACGUGUCGUGUUUGAACCACGUCAUCUCUAGAGAACGGGUAUGGAUAGGAACAUUAAGAAACUGCGAGAGCUCGGAACAAUUGAAAUGUACGAAGGAUAAUAUGGAGAAAAAACAAGUACAGGAUUCCAUAGGGAAGGCUAUAUUGAGGGUGUGUGACGUCACGCCCCAUGGAGUGCUGUGCUUUCACUCCUCGUACACAUCCAUGAGGUUGCUGCAUCAAAGGUGGCAACAAACUGGCUUGUGGGACAAAUUGAAUAGCCUAAAAUAUAUAUUUAAGGAGAGCGACAAUACGACUGAUCAUGACGAAAUUAUGAAGGAGUACUACAGCGCUGCGGAGGUGGAUCGAGGCGCGAUCUUGUUCGCCGUGUACCGGGGGAAGGUCUCCGAGGGCAUGGACUUCAGGGACCGGCAAGCCAGGGCCGUUGUGACGAUCGGCGUGCCCUUCCCAACGAUCGGAGACAGGAUGGUCACGGAGAAAAUGAAAUAUAACGACAAGCAUUCGAACGUGAAGAAGUUAAUGCGCGGCUGGGACUGGUACAACGUGCAAGCCUUCAGAGCCAUGAACCAAGCCAUAGGACGUUGCGUGAGGCACCUCAACGACUGGGGCGCCGUUCUGAUGAUCGACGAGAGAAUCGCAGAACAAAGGAAUCUUGAAUAUUUAUCUAAAUGGGUUCGAGACUUCCUCGGAAACAACCAUUUUACUUUCGACGAAUUAAUGCAUAGACAAAACAGCCUCACAAGAUUCAUGGAGAACAUGAGCAAAGAAUAAUAUAUAUUUU